CUACUUAACGAACACAACAGUAAUACAAUAGCCAGUUAGCUAUUCUGAAGUCCGUAAGCCAGCCAGCCAGCCAACUAGAAGUGUAGAACCGAUAAGUUCUAACUGAGGAUAGUUACUGCUGGCGAGUUUUGAAGAGCAAGCCACGGUCAAUCAAUUCGAUAGGGCUGCAAUUUAUCAUGGAUAUGUGUGGUACUCGGUUGUGUUGUUCGCUAUCUUUCUAUCGCGGCCAAGAAAAUUAAUUGUCGUAAAUAUCUAGUCUGUACGGUGUGAAGAGCACAAAAGAUAGGAUUGCGUACGUGUGUCUGUGUGUGUGUGAACGUGCUUUUAAUUGUAGAAAAGCUUUUUUUUUUUCGAAUGAAUUUUACUUAGGCCGCUUAACGUGACGGACGGAAUCGGGUUAAUAAGGCAAAGACCUAUCAAAGCCGAUCAACCCGGUUAAAAUGUCGUGGUUUGGCGGAGCGUCACAGUUUAAUACGUUGCUUGAAAAAGCGACAAGCACCAAGUUGCUGGAGCCGGAUUGGACGAUCAUCCUAGAGAUGUGCGACUCACUGCGAUCCGGUGACUCAGAAAACCAGCACAUCACCUCCUCACGUAGGCAUCUCUAUCUGUCACAGCGUCGUCCAAAGGCGGCUUUGAGUGCGGUAAAGAAAAAGCUAGCAUCGAAAAAUCCAAACGUCACUUUGCUGGCUCUCCAUUGCCUGGAAUCAAUGGUGAAAAACUGUGGCCAUCCUAUCCAUAAGGAAGUGGCUACGCAAGCGUUCAUGGAUGAUCUAAAGGAGAUUUGUAAAGCUACCCCGUCGGGACCUGUCAGGGACAAGGUGCUUGAACUAAUACAGACGUGGGCACACGCCUUCCGUAAGGAGCCAGCGUACAGAGCUGUGCAGGACACGAUGACAAUUAUGCGAGCGGCUGAAGGUGUAAAGUUUCCGCAGCUUAAGGAGAGCGAUGCGAUGUUCUCAGCGCAGGUUCCUCCAGAAUGGGAAGAUGCUAACUGCUGUCACCUUUGUAGGGCGCAAUUUUCAACGUUCAAUCGCAAGCACCACUGCCGUAAAUGCGGGCAGGUGUUCUGCGGCAAAUGCUCCAGUCAAACCGCGGCUCUACCAAAGUUAGGCAUCGAGAAGAAGGUUCGUGUAUGUGACACCUGUUUCCUCGAGGUCUGCCAGGACGAACGAAGCGUCCAUUUGAGCUCCGUUUUACGAGGCCCUAUGAGUACUAUGCAGGGUCCAACGGUUCGAAGUCCAACGAGGGCUUCAGGUCAAGGAGCUGCGACUACCGUUGAGCAACAGACUGUCGCUGCCAAAGAAUCCAAACUCAAAGAAGCGCAACUUCGCGAGGAGGAAGAACUACAGUUGGCCUUAGCGCUAAGCCGGAGCGAGGCCGAGUACCACAAUCAAAGGGGAACCACUCGCCCAACCACUGUUCAGGAUGACACUAAUAGCAGAACAGUCGACGAUCGGAAGGAGAGCGAAACCCCGACCGCGGGCCACUGGGCAAACAACCACAACAACAGUACCAGCAGCACUUACCCGACAGAACUAGUGGAAGCCAAUGCACCGACACGUAGCGAGUGCGGUUCAACGACAGGAUCAACGGAAUCCGAGUUAACCCAUUAUUUCGAUCGAAAGUACUGGGAUGAGCGAAGCCAUCGGCAGGGGGAAAACGAUACGCCUAAACACUCGAGUAAACCUCUCGAAGGCGCAUUGCCCACACCGACGGUGCAGCUGGUUGGAGCCGAUGCCGGAGACAACUUUGAGCAGAUGCUUGAGAAGACACUCGACACGUUCGAAGUUAGACUGCGGUCCAACGUCAUGCGCGGACGGCCGGUUGCUAAUGAUUCCUACGUGCAAAGCCUCUUCGUCCAGAUCUCGUCCUUACACGCCCGCCUAUUGCAGUGCGUGCAAGAAACUGACGACCAGCGCGCUUACUACGAAAGUCUUCAGGAUAAACUACAGCAAAUUUGGGAUGCUCGAGCUGCCCUCGAUGCGUUACGAGAAGAGAAUCGCGAAGAAGAACGGAAGAGGCAGGAAGAAGCCGAGCGAGCCCGACAAAUGCAGAUGGCACACAAACUCGAAAUUAUGCGACAACGGAAACACGAGUAUCUUCAAUAUCAACACCAAUUAGCGAUGUCAAAAAUUCAGGAGCAGGAGAUGGCUUACCGUGCUGUCGGAGCGCCUCCACCGUCACUUCCCCCCGGUACCAUGGCGAUUCCACCAUCGACAGCACCUGGACAACCACCUGUGUACGCCCCUCAACCGCAAUAUCCCCCUGGAAUGUUGCCGCCAGGUCAACAACUUCCCGGCCCUUCACAACAGGUGAUGCCUCCUCCAGCUCUUCAACAAUACGGCUCACAACCUCCUGUGUCACCUCCACACAAUGCAGUCCAAUCUCCUGUUAGCACAGAACCGAUCCCGCUACCUGGACCCCACGGUGUCACAGCAGUGACUUCGUUCUACGGUCCAGCGCCUAGCUCUACCGUUCCUCCUGUACCGACGACCGCUGCCCCUGCCCUGGCAGUCGCCGCUGCGACAGGCCAACACCAGACACCAAUGCAGACUGUUCAACAUCAACAGCCUACUUCAAGUGCGUUAGGUCCCGGCCAGGGACAGCCGGCAUUCGAGCCCUAUAGCGUCGUGCACACAAUAUCCCAGCUUCCGGCUCCACCGCAAACGCCUUUGCCUCAGCCGUGCGCACCUCCUCAGACUCCAACUCCGACGCCGAUGCAGCAGCAGUUGGCACAGCAACCGCCUCCGAUUCAGUCACCUCAGCAGGGCCCACCACAGGAGUUGAAUUUGCCUUCGGUGCCAACUCACGAGCCUGGCGGUGAUCGACGUCCCGUAAAGCAUCAUCCGCAACCUGCUGAAGAGCAAUUAAUUUCCUUCGACUGAGCAGAGGAAUGAAUUAUCGAGGAAAGUGGACUUGGUACCUUGUGGUUCCUUUUGUUGAUCGAUUGCUUAUCAAUAAGAUCGUUAGUGCGUCUAGUAGCUGCUUAAACACGGCUGCUAAUGGUAACAAGCAAGAAUAACCAUUGAGGGCAAUAUGUGGUUUAGGGAUGUCUGCGGGUAACAAGCCUGCAAAUACGAUCGAGUUGAUACAAGCUGCGCGAAGCCGCCAUGGCGGCGUAUCGUAGAGGCUCUCUCGCUUGAUGACCGGCGGUCCUGUCUGAUUAGGAGCAUAUGUGUGUAAUACUUGUCGUAUGAAUGCUUGGGUAGGAGUUGGUCUCUUGGUCGAACGAAUUUGCGGUGUAGGAUAGAAUAAUGAUGAGUACACGCAAGCAGAACAUAUUCACAAUAGCCGCGAGUACAUUUUUAGAUCAUCAUAUUGGGUUGUUACGUUUAUGAAUUAUGCCCAUGUAGUAUUACCAAAGUAUUUAAUCGUCCUAAUGCUAACAGGAACUACAGGAACGGAUUUCGAUGCAGACUUUCUUCACAAGCCAAUACCUGCUACUGAGGCGCUCCUAUUCUGCGCUCAAUAUAGAACCCUCAUCGAAGAAGUUCGGCAAAAACCUAAAAAUCCUAUUGUCAAUGACAACCCGAGCAGAGUCAAACGGCAAAGUAGAUAGUGACCCGCCCAGCAUGGUGAAGUAAGGAAAAACGCGUCCUGAGAGAAUACAAUAGGCGCGUUGCUUUUGCUUUUUCAAGUCUUCGGAAGACGGCUUUGAAGCUGUAAAGACCAAGGAGUAUUAGGUAGUAAUGUGAUGACCAUUUGAACAGUUUCUGUGUUGGGGCUGACUUCAUUCUCCGGUUGCCGAAUAUGCAGCAGGUAUCGAGUUGUGACAAAGAUGAUAUCUGCUUAAAAUGGUGGAAAUCAGAGCCACCUAUUAGGGUAGAUUAUAAAAAAAAAUAGUAAAUAAAACUUUCGAAGUAGCAAGAAUCAGUAGCCCGCAUUGGCAGCCGUUCAAUGCAGCACAUCCCCGCAAUGAUCCGCAUAUAAUGUCACUAGCGUUUCGUGUUUGACGACACGAAUUUCGUUAAGUCUUGCCGGUUUUCACUUUUAGACUUCCUCUCUGUUUGUCUCUUUUUAUCUAGCUAAUCAGGACGUUUAUAUUGAUUCUAUCAAUGAUUACCGUUGUUGAGUUGCGCAGCUUUGAGUUAUUGUUACCUAACCAAGGGGGAGAUAGAAUCCGGGAUGACAUGUUUUAGUAUCUGUCUGAAACGGAAGCAAUGUAGUGGUUACAUGUAUGAUGUCGUACAGUGUCGUAGAGACAGUCCGCCAGGCGACCUUUUGUGGCCGCGUAAUCACCUACAAACGGUCACAUGACAAAGGCCGAACAAACGAUCGACACAAAGCCGCGGCACGAUGGCAGGCCGUCGAUCAGCGUGCAGUGAUAACAUUUUUCGCGACCUAGACAGCCCAACAAAGGACACCAACAAUGCCGGCGACAAGCUAAGUUUACGAAUGGCUAAUUAUCCGAAGUUAUUGCAGUGGUAGUGUCCAAUAAAGUAAGAACAGUAUGUGCAACUAAAAAGGUGUAAGUAGCGUAAUAUUUCGGUAAAUGGAUUAUGAUCAAAGACAACGGCAAAAAGAACCCACCUGCUAAAGACACAUAUAUACAUACUUGUGAAAAGAUUUCAUAGGCGGCUGGCAGACAACUAGUCUAGAGGGAUAUGUUAAGAAAUUAUAGCAAAGGACCCAACUAUAGGAAACAGGUGAACGCAAUGAAUACUAUAUACAUACUAUGGUGAUCGAUGAUGGCCUUGCGAUGUUGAAGAGCAGCAUGCUGACUGCCGUAAUGCUGUCCAUUAAUACAUAGAAUCAUGAUGUUAUCUUAAAGGCGGACCUCGGCGUAACAGAAAAAUUAUGCAUCACUAAAAACUAAAUAAAUAUUUACUUGCUUUCCAUA